UCUAUAGUUUCGUCUCGUCUCUUUCCGGAUUGGACAGGUUCCACUCUGGGGUUAAGAGGAAAUAGGGGAGGAGGUUCGCGCUCUCUCAUUGUGGUCCUCCUUCCCGGCUUUGUCAAAUUCGUUUUUGGGUUUUGUUUUUCCUUGUUACGUUGGUCAUACAAACAAUCCACAGUACACAAACUUCUCUUCCUCUUCUUCUUUUUGGGUCUGUUGAAGAAGACGAGUUUUGAAGCUGUACGAGAUUUCGGUCCUAAUCUGCUCGAGCUGCCACCGCGUCCCAAGGAUUCCUAUUCAUGGAGGAAUGAAGCGUCAGCAGCUCUUGUACAAGGAUUAUGGAUCGUGACACUAAUGACGCUGUCGCUGACCCCACGCAAAGCGAAUCUUUUGGUCGGACAAGCCGUGCUGGUUCUCUGAGAAGGCGUUCUUUUGGUUUUUCAAGUGUUGUUCAAUCUCAAAUAGAUGAUGAUGCCGAAAGUGAGAGUGUUUCAGAGGCAGGAGAUACUGGGGAUCGGGCUUUUCACAGCAAUAGGAACAGUGGAAGUGGCAGACACCUCUUCCCUGUUGAUAAUCCGUUAGAAAGUGGUGGUGUUGUUCCGAUUCCAGAGGAUGUUCUGUUGCAAUCAUAUGGGUUCAGGUCUCAUGAUCCCACUGUGUCAAAUACUGUCUCCCUUGUAUUGCCAUUACCAGCAGAGGUUAUAUCUCCUCUUUCCACCAAUGCAUUCAUACAAUCUGGAGACAAAACGCAAGAGACAAGAAAAGAUCUGCCAUGGUCAUUCGAGUAUAUUAUAUGCCUCGUUCAUCUUGCUGUUUUUGGAAUUUUCGGGGUUUUGACAAGGUAUUUACUGCAAAAGCUGUUUGGUCCAGGAAUUGUUGGUGCCACAGGGAACCAUAAUUAUAUGUACCUUGAUCUUCCUUCUAAUAUGGUUGGUUCAUUCUUGAUGGGGUGGUUUGGCGUUGUGUUCAAAAGGGAUAUUGCGGAAGUUUCAGAUUUCUUAGCCAUUGGACUGACGACUGGUUACUUGGGAAGCCUUACAACUUUUAGCGGUUGGAAUCAGAAAAUGCUUGACCUCAGUGUGGAAGGCGAAUGGGUUUUUGUUUUCCUCGGCUUUCUUGUAGGUUUAAUUCUUGUUGCCGGAUCCAUCGUUAUUGGGAUUGACUCAGCCAAGGGUUUCAGGUGGCUUCUCAAAAGAUUAAACACAAGUCCAGAACAUGGCAUUUCUAACUCCAAAAGCAAUUGGAAGGUGGACAACUGCAAGCGUCACUUGGCAGUUAUGGUGGUGCUGGUACUGAUGCUAGGCUUGUUAUGGGGUGUGAGUGCUACCUUAGUGAAGAAAGCGUUUGACAGUGGCAGCGGUGGAGCUCAGCUGUGGUUGGCUUGCAUGGUUGGACCUCUAGGUGUGUGGAUUAGGUGGUGGUUAGCCCGACUCAAUGGACGUGGUUUUGGAAGAGCAGGCUUGUUGAAAUGGAUUCCUUUUGGGACUUUAAUUGCCAAUGUUUCUGCAGCUUGUGUCAUGGCAGCUCUUGCAAUAGUGAAGAAAGUGGUGAAUACGAAGACUUGUGAUAAUGUUGCAUCUGGUAUACAGUUUGGGCUGUUGGGUUGUCUAAGUACUGUUUCUACUUUCAUUAGUGAGUACAAUGCAAUGAGGGAAGGCAAGCACCCGUGGAGAGCAUAUGCAUAUGCCCUGAUUACAAUAGUCACCUCGUUUACCUUGGGGACCCUUAUAUACUCUGCACCUUUUUGGAUCAUGGGAUACAAUUAGCGUUGACUCUACCUUCAUCUAGGCUUGAAAAAGUUGCUGCAUAAGGUGCUGAAUUAUCUCAAUUAUGUUGAUGCUCGGGACAUUGCAGAACGCAUCUGGUCUUGUCUACUGAAAGUUUAUCCUAGUCUAGAUGGGAGUUCAUAGUUUACACUAGAAGAAAAUUGGAUCCAGAAUGUAUGAACAUUGAUUACUAGAGGAUAGAAGAAUAGAUUGGAGAGCUGGAAGUAGAACAUCUUUUACUAUGUGAAGUAAUUGAGAUAUUUUCUUUAUAGAUUUGUUUUUCCUCGCCCAAUUAAGCUAUAAUUUUGUUCUCUGAUUACCUAUUUGUAAAAGAGUAAUGUACAAGAAACCCUCCAGUGUUAUAUAUAUGAUGCAUAUUACACCCUUUA